AUGACGACCUUUAGCUCCACAGUGUGGGAUGACGAUGUUGCUGAAAUUGCGGCUAAAUGGGCCCGGCAGUGUUCGCUCAACCACGAAAGUACUGAAGUUCUGAGAAGAGACCCAAAGCUUCCGGGUAUUCCAGUAGGACAGAAUAUUGCCUUUGGCCAGGCAACCUUUUUAGAUGCUCUCGCAGCCUGGUAUGAUGAAAUCGAGUUUUUCCUAUAUGGCACCGGUUCUGUUAAUGGCGAGGAAGUGCGUCACUAUACACAGAUUGCGGCGGGAAAGUCUGUCUCAACUCAGGAACAUUGCAACUUGCCACGUGUACAUGUGAAUGUAUUAGUGGUUUUUCUGGUCCAUCCUGUGAAACCUUCCAAUGUCCGGCAUCCGAUCAGUUUUUGUGGCGAUACCGGAAACUGUCGAUUCGACAACUACAAGAGCGCCUGUCCCUACCUAUGUGGUAGCUGUCCUUUAACCUGUACCAAGGUGUGUCAAAAUGGUGGCAACCUCAACACGUUGCCGUGCCUGUGUAAUUGUCCUACAGGAUACAGCGGCGACCUUUGCCAGGUCACUCCGGGUGGUUGCACCAAAGUGUGUCAAAAUAGCGGCGUUCUCAACUCUGCUGCAUGUUCGUGUUCAUGCCCAUCGGGUUACGGGGGAGAUCUCUGUGAAACUUGCACUAAGUCGUGUCAAAAUGGCGGCGGUUUGAACACUCUCACUUGCCAGUGUGCCUGUCCAUCAGGGUUUGGGGGAGACUUGUGUCAAACUUGUACGAAGACAUGUCAAAAUGGCGGCGGUCUGAACGCGGCUACCUGUCUGUGCUCCUGUCCAGCAGGGUUUGGGGGCGACUUCUGCCAAACCUGUAACAAGAUAUGCCAAAAUAACGGUGCUUUGAAUGCUGCUACCUGCCAAUGUAGCUGCCCACUUGGAACUGGAGGAGACCAGUGCCAAGAUCUGGAUGGAAACUGGGGUCAGUGGGGAGCGUGGAACUCAGCCUCUACUUCCUGUUCCGUCACGUGUGGAACCACUGCCACUAAAGUCGUCUACCGUUACAGAUCGUGCAACAACCCCAUUCCUAUGAAUAAUGGCCGGACUUGUCUUGGAUCUGACAGGGACGAGCGCAAUGAAAACUGUCAGCUGCAGCAAUGCCAACAAUCCUGCACAAAACUGUGUCAAAAUGGCGGCAUUCUGAACGCUCUUUCCUGUACGUGUGGCUGCCAGACAGGCUAUUGGGGCGACGUCUGUGAAAACCGGAAUGGAAACUGGGGUGCGUGGGGGAGUUGGAACUCUGCUUCCGGUAUCUGCACAGCGACCUGUGGAACGACGACGACAAAGGUUGUAUACAGGUACAGACAGUGUGAUAGCCCGUUCCCUCUGAACGCUGGUGAGAACUGCCCGGGGAUGAACACCGACGCGCGAAAUGAGAACUGCGGAUUCAGCCAGUGUCCGCCAGUUUGUACGAAGUCUUGUCAAAAUGGCGGCGCUCUGAACACAUUAACCUGCACGUGUGUCUGUCCGGCAGGGCAUGGAGGAGAUUUCUGUCAAGAUCGAGAUGGUCAGUGGGGUGCCUGGGGAGCAUGGAACUCUGCUUCAACCAUCUGCUCGGCGUCGUGUGGCACGACAGCCACGAAGACGGUCUACAGGUACAGGAACUGUGACAACCCUUUUACACUGUUCAAUGGCCGGUAUUGCCAGGGAGACAAUAGUCAGUCAAGGGAAGACAACUGUGGCCUGACUAAUGAAUGCCCUGCACAAGUGACCAUCGUCAGUCCUCCAGGUGAUUUUACCGUACUCGUCGGCAACUCCGGCAUCUUCCAGACAACUCUCAGUCGCGCUGAUGCUCCCAGCGUGAUGUGGCGGACCCGCGGCCUGGACUUGUCCGGUAACACCAGAUACGUCCAGAGUCUCAGCGGAGCCGACUACAGGCUCACCAUCCCAAACGUACAGCAUACAGACGCUGGUGUCUAUAGCGUGGUCGUCGACGGGGAUGUCCGCCAGGCCACUCUCACUGUUGUGUCUCCACUGAACAGUGUGACAGCUGUAGAAGGCACUGACGCGGUCCUCCAGACCCGAGUAUCCCCUAUCGGGGCACCAUCCGGGGUCUGGUCAAGGAACUCUGUACCACUGACUGCAGGGUCAAAGUACUCCUUCAUAGAAGCCGGGGACAUACGACAGCUGAUCAUACGAAAUAUAGUAGGGGCUGACCAAGGAGGUUACACUUACACCGUUAAAGGUCUCCCUACUAACGGAUUCCUAACAGUAUCAGGUGCUGUUGUAAAUGGGGGAUUCUCUGAAUGGGCUGCCUGGAAUCCAGCCGUCUUUGACUGCCCAGUGACCUGUGGCCGAGAGGCAACGAAGCCGAUCAACAGAACCAGGGUGUGCAACAGCCCUCCACCCGCUAAUGGAGGACAAGACUGCCAGGGCGUCAGGGUGGAGAGCAAGACUGCCAGCUGUCAGUUACCUAACGACUGUCCCGUUGACGGUGCCUGGACAAUUUGGGGUGCGUGGGAGGAACUCUGCCUGUCAUCAUGUGGCGUCAGUGUAAGAGGAAUCAGGUCAAGGUCAAGGGCAUGCACCAACCCUUCCCCUAGGAACAACGGACAGUUAUGUUAUGGAGAGAAUUUUCAAACAAAGCAGGUCAUAUGUGAUGUGCCGCGUUGUCCGGUGAACGGCGGUGUCGGUCCGUGGGGACAGUGGUUUCUCUCGUCAUGCUCAGCUACGUGUGGGCGCUCCAUUACAAGGCGAAGGACAAGGUCAAGGCUCUGUGACUCUCCACCACCUCAAAACAAUGGGACUGAUUGCAGUGAGCCUCUGCAGGAAGUUGAGGAACUACCCUGUUCCGUACCCCUGUGUGCGGGUCUUCAGUUCGUGAAUGACUUGACCAACCAGACAAUCCAGACUGGGUAUCUCGGGACCUUCCAGUUAAAUCUUACAGAAGCUGGUAUAACGAGGGGCACGUGGUAUAAAGAUAAUGUGCUUCUGACCAAGUCGGACAAGAUCCAGAUCACAACCCGGGACACUGUACAGACCCUGGUCAUCGUGAAUGGUCAGUUAGCAGACUCGGGUCUAUACAGUUACAAGUUGGACGGAAUGACCACUCAGGCGUACCUCACAGUUUUACCAAUAGAUUGUCCGGCAGAUGUCGUUGUUCUCCUUGAUGGGUCGCAGUUUGUUAUAACGGCAACAGACUUUGAUGGGAUCAAAGAAAUCCUGAAACAACAAAUCAACAACGCCUUGCAACAGCUGGGUGUGCUUAGAUUCGGUAUGGUAGUGUAUGGCAACAACGUGUCAGCCAUUAUUCAACUCAGCUCAAACUUUGCCUCUCUGCGGAUGCAAAUUGAUUCCAUUUCUCAGCCAGGAGGUGCAACGUACCUGAAUCUUGGACUGGAUGAGGCGCGCAAUCUUCUAACCGCAGAUCGGGUGACAACACCGAAGCACAUUUUGGCAAUCCUGGGUUCCACAACUAGCUCCCCGACAGAAACAGAGUUGGCUGGGACGGCAGCGCGUCAGGCCGGAAUCAACGUCAAAGCCUUGGGCAUCAUUGGGUUCUACAAGUCAGUGUCCUUUCUCUACAACAGAUUUAAAGCUGAUCUCGCUGCUGUCGCCACCGAUGCCGCUCGCGUAGUUGAAUACGACGACAUGACAGCGUUUCGUAAUGGAUUUAAUCUCAUGGAUGGGAUAUGCAACAUCAAUGUGGAUGGAGGCUGGUCGUCAUGGAUACCUUGGACCCAUGAUUCUUGUCCAAGUUGUGGAUUCAACGCCGUGGCGGACGCUCGGAGAACACGGGCAUGCACUUCUCCUACACCCCAGAACGGCGGCCUCCCCCCUGUGUGGGACCUGCGGAGGAGACAUCCCCCAGGGUUUGUCAAGUGCCCAGAUGCCCAAUCGAUGGAGGCUUCUCGGAGUGGACCCAAUGGUCAAGUCCAGUAUGCACAGAGAGUUGCGGGUUAGAUGUGACCGGGGUGACGACAAGGAACCGGACUUGCACCAAUCCCUCCCCACAGUAUGGAGGACGAGUCUGUGAUGGGGCGUAUCAAG